UGGUGUUUCAGUUUGUAGUGGCACUUCGGGUCGGACGCAUAUACUCGAUAAAAAGUUAGAAGAAAAUCUCGCGGGACUCUGUGGAGAAGUUAAUUAUGUGUUUUGUGCAGCGAUAGUGAGCAAAUAAAGCAAUGAGAAGGAGGCUUUUACUUUUUAUACAGCUAAACAUUGCUGUCGUUCUAGCGCAGGACAUUUUUGGCAUUGGAGAGUACGAUGAGGGACCAUGUGGUCGUUGGAAACCCGGUGAUGUCGAUCUACGCUCCUUUGAUCUUAUCCGUGAGUUCCAUUUGGAUCAAAUGGAGUCCAGCAGCCACCAUGUGUACAGAAUCGAAGGUAGCAAUGUUCUUCAAACGGCCUACCGGUUGGAAAAUGAGGCCAACCUUACCAUGAGGACGGUGGAUGCAUUCCCUCUGGGUCUCCCCCAUCAGUUCUCACUCGAAUGCACCUACAGGACGGAUAGCGAGCCAGUGUCAGCGUGGCAUCUGUUCGAGGUGACGAAUGAACAUCAUGAAAGCCAACUAGCGGUGACAAUGAAUCCGGGAAGACAUACUUUAGAAAUUGGAUUGCCCGGAUUGGAAGGAGAUUUGCAGAUUGUUGAAUACCACAAUUCUGCGUUAUUCGAUCAACGUUGGCACAAAAUCAUGCUGGGAGUGACGAACGACCACCUUAAUCUCUGGAUCGAUUGUCAGCCGGUUCGGGAUGUUCAAGGAAAUCUAAAUGCGCCUCUGGAGACACGUGGGCGCUUCGAUACCAACAAUGGGUUCGUUUCGAUCUCGCGAUAUGCGGAGACAUCUGUUAUGGAACCGGAGUCUCCGAUUGUUGAUUUGCAGUGGAUGGUGAUGAAUUGCGACCCAACACGACCGGCACGUGGCAAUUGUGACGAACUACCGUUGUAUGAUGUGGCACAUUUGAGCAAUCAGUUGCCGCAUGGGCAGGAGCCCAAAGCUGAUUGCAAUACCGUUUGUCCCCCAGGUUAUAAUGGGACUGAUGGAGCUCCUGGUUUACCUGGAGCCCCAGGUGUUCCAGGAAUUAAGGGUGAAGCAGGGGCUAACGGGAGACGUGGUCCUCCCGGGCCACGAGGUUUCGAAGGCCAACCAGGAGCAUCCAUUAGAGGCGAUAAAGGCGACAUUGGCCAAAAGGGAGAACCUGGAGCAGCGAUCGCUGCCGGUGUUGGUGUGAUUGGUCCACCUGGUUUACCCGGUCCCCGAGGACCCCCCGGCUUAGGAAGUACAGGACAAAAGGGUGAACAAGGAGAAAUUGGACCACCAGGGUUGAGAGGUGAAUCCAUUCGAGGGCAGCCUGGCGUUCCUGGAUUUCCGGGACCUGAGGGACCUCCAGGCAUAAGUAUUAGAGGUGAAAAGGGUGAUCGUGGGGAAGCUGGACUACCUGGUCGUGCAGGAAUAUCCAUACCAGGUGUUCCAGGCAUUAAGGGCGAAAAAGGAGAACCGGGAGAUGUAUCCGCUGCUAUAGGAGUACGAGGGGAAAAGGGAGAUAAGGGAGAUAGCGGUUCACGAGGACCUACCGGUAUUCAAGGUUUGCCAGGUUUACCUGGCCCUAUAGGAUCUCCUGGUCUACCUGGAUUGCCAGCCACUGAAAAUAGUUAUGCCACUGGUAACCUAGGAGUGACCAUUCCAGGACCCCGGGGAGUCCCAGGUGCCCCAGGAACUCCGGGUCAACCUGGUCCACCGGGACCACCGGGGCCACCAGGAGAAGGAUCUUCUUCGGGUGGUGGGAGAUAUUUGGAGAACUUUAUGUCAUAUGGUCAUAGGGGUCCUGUGGGAUACACUGGACUUCCAGGCGAGAGAGGGGCUGGCGGCGAUAGAGGUCCAGAAGGCAGUGUCGGACUACCAGGUAUUCCCGGGCAAGAUGGUGCUCCAGGAAUUCAAGGAUCACCAGGAGUGCCCGGUCAACCAGGAGCAUCGGGUCUACCCGGCCCUCCAGGAAGGAGUUACACAGAAUCGGAAGUGCGAGAUAUAUGUGCAGCUGUGUUGAGAGAUCAUCUUGCUGAGCUGACCGCGGGCCUGAUCGGUCCUCCUGGACCUCCAGGUGUAACAAAGACUGGAAAACCAGGUUUGCCUGGUAAACCAGGACCUAAAGGCGAUAGAGGAUAUCCUGGAUCUCCUGGUGAACGAGGAUAUCCUGGGGAAUUUGGCAACCCCGGCCAGCCGGGACCACCAGGAGAUCGUGGAGAACCGGGUCUAGAGGGUAGACCAGGACAUGAUGGGUUUGGACGAGACGGCGCUCCAGGCCCAGUGGGUCCCCCUGGUCCACCGGGUCGAGAGGUUCCAGGAGCACCUGGCAGGCAAGGUGAAAGAGGAGAUACAGGAAAACCGGGUGCUCCUGGCAUUCGGGGCGCUCAGGGCGUUCCAGGGGCAUGUCCCAAUGAUUGCUAUCUCGCUGCAGCAGCUGCUGCACAGAGUUUCCGUGCCAAUCAACAAACCAAAGGACCGGUUUAUUAAUAGCAUUUUACUCAAAUUUAGACCAUUUGGUCGCCGAUUAAUGGUUGAACACAAUACAUACUGAGAAUAAUAAACUUCCUAGUCUAUUA